AUGAUGCAUUAUCAUGAUGCCAAACCGCACUCAUCUUACAAAAGCAUGCACGCACUGGUCAAGAGCAGCAUGAGAUUCCGCAGCAUUGCGAAGGCCAAUAAAAGCUUGGUGGAAACAUGCUGGCGGACGUGCCGAGGAAUUUCAGGCACGCAGCUCCGGCUGGGCCAGAAUGCGCCGCACUUCACCGAGGAGCAGAUUCGCGAGAUCAGCAAGCACGACGCUCUGCUUGCCGAACAGAUUCGCCGUGCCAAGGAGCAUGGCGUCAGAAUGUCUUGGCAGGAUCUGGAAGAUGUUCCUGUUCAUCAGACAUCGACCCCGUAUUAUUGGCCGAAAGAGGGUGGUCCUCCAAAGCCCCUGAGCGACAUGAAGGCUGAACAGAAGGACAGGCUUGGCAUUGCAGAGGGAGCUAAACAGGACGUCCAGAAGCUUUGGGAGACCGUGAAGAGUAAAUUCAGCAGCUUUCAGACCAAAAAGAAGUGA